UAAGAAUAUUUAGAUUAUUAAGAUUGACAAUUUAUGUGAAAAUAAGUAGUUGCAUAUUGUUGUUAAAAAUAGCUAAGAAAUAGACGAGUAAACAAUGACAAAUGAAAUUAAUAGCCUUCUGUUGUGUCUAAGUGUAAAUUAAAGAUUUAAUUUAUUAUUGCCGGAAUAUUGUAACUACAAAAUGCCUGCCGUAACGUCAACAACAGCUGAAGAUCAAAACGAUGGAGAUCAGAAAAUGUGGAGUGCCCUCAAAAGAUAUAUAAUACGAGAAAGGCAAAGAAAGAAAGAAGAAUAUGAAGCAGAGGUAGAAGAAGAAAGAUUGAGAAAGGAGCGGGAGGCACGAGAAAGGCAAGAUGUCAUGACAUUAGAAGAAACUAAGGAACAGAUUGAGCAACUAGAACAGAAGUUAAAACAAUUAGAGAAAGAAAAACAACAGUUGUUCAUGCAACUUAAAAGAGUACUUAAUGAAGAUGAAAUCAGAAAGAGACAGCAACAAAAAGAGACCAAUGAUAUGCAGUCAAUGAAGAUGCCUAUGGGUAAUAUCCAGAUACCUAUGUUCUCUGUACCGACAUCAAUGGGUCAAGGAGAGCCUCCGCAAUCACAAGGCAGAGCACCACCACUAACAACCCAUAUCAUGAACAAAAAUAAGCACUCAAACUACAUGCUGUUCCCACAACAGCAGAGCUUAGUCAGAGGUCCAAUACAAUCAAAUGUGAAACGAACAAGGAGUCCUUCACCAACCUAUGCUCUGUACGCACAUAGAUUGCAUCAGCCUCCUAUGAAGCACCAAGCCGUCUACUCUGACCACAAAGUAGAGGAUGGUCGUAUGGGCCGCCAAAUGGCGCGCGCAGUGCUUUGGACCAAGUCGCCGCAAUACGCAUCGAACGUGAGCGGGUCGGGUGUUUCGUCGGGCUACUACGCGAUGCCGACGUCGGGCGUGGUGGGUGUGGUGGCGGAGCGUCCGCCCCCGCUGCUGUACGCGCACCACGGACACACGCCGCACGCGCACACUCCGCACACCCCGCACACUCCGCACCAGUCGCACCAGCCGCACCAGCCGCACCAACCCCACCAGACCCAUCACACGAACCUCAUGUACGCGCCCGCGCAGCCGCAGCUCUACUUGGACAUGCUGAAGAACAGGGACGGUCAGCAGCACUCCGAACAGAAGAAGGAGGCCCAGCCGCAGGUACUGAUCGGGCUGAGCGAGGGCCACCACCCGUCGGUGAGCAGCGGCGUGUCGUACGCGCAGCCGCCGCCCGCCGCGCGCCACCUCGCCAUCCACCCGCCCGCGCCGCAGCACGCCAACAUGCAGACAGCGAAACCAGGGAGUAUAACCCAGGGUUACCCAGUUCAGCAAUCAAAUCCAAAUGUACAGAACCCGAAUAUAUAUCCCAACAGACACCGCUAUUAGCUAAUGAUCGUCCAGCGAGACGCCUCACCACCACAACCAUCAAGAAAUAUAAUCAUGCAUACCAGAACUUAUAAAGAUCUUUAGUACAAACAUUAUUCAAUGAUAUUUAAAAUGGUGACUUUAAAAAGAACGUUUUAUUUUUAUAUUUUAUUAUGCGAUAGUUUCGUUAUAUUUCAUUAUUAUACAGUGUAUGUGUUAGUCGGUACAGUUAAAUUGGUAUUAUAAUAGUUGUAUAUAAAAUUAUUACAAGCAAUGAAUACUAGCUAUUUGAAAAAGCCAUUCGCCAGAGAAUGAUUCUUGACUGAGUUGAUCUGUAAAAAAUACUAUAGAUUUUUUGUUUUUUUUUUGUAUGUUUUACGAUCAGACUGAGGGCUUAGUUUCAUAUUUUAAUGUUAUCGAGUUAACCUAGUGUUCAUUGUUUGUAACAUGCUUAUUUUUUUGCGAUAAUCCUAAAAUUAUUGUCUAUAACAAUUAAAUUAGAAAAAAUAUGAUUAAAUGUAAUUUAUUUUUACAUAUUUGGUAGUGGUUUCUAUUCAAGUUCUUAAUUUCUUUUUUCUUAAUUUAGCAAUAGGUAAGUUUAUUUUCAUAAUCUGUGGCAAUGAUCUGUAAUGACACCUGCAAGUUUAUCCAUUUAUAGAACUUGGUGUUCAAAUUGCCCAAUAAUAUUACAUGUAUAGAUUUUAUUGUAUUAUAGAUAUAUUUUUUUUAAAUUAAACAUUUAAUUUUUCACGUCUAAGAAAUUUGU